UGUGGACAAAUUAUGUUAUGGGUUUAAUAUUAGACAGGUUAAUUGUAAGUUUGGUCACUAGAAUUAUUUAAAAACUUCAUGUUUGUCGCUAAAAUUAAUUUAUUCCAUCCAUAGUCACUCAAAUUGAUUUAUUAGUUCAAGUUUGGUCACUCUCCGUUAGUCUCCAUUAACAUGAUAUUGAGUUUUGUAUAACUCCAUAUGAUAGUUCAGUACGAGAUUAAACACAAUUCUUAUUGUUUCAUUGAUGUCAAGCGAUGGAGAAAGUUCUUAAAACAAAUCAAGAGCAAAACGUCAUUGGUGGUGAGAUGGAGAAAGUUUAAACAACCGGCCACCAAAGCCACAUGAAAAGGCUAACCCAAGAAAGUAAAAGAGGGUUAUUGUGACCAGCAAGAAAUCCUGGUUUAAAGGCCACAUUAUUAAACAAGGGGAUUGCUAUUCGUCGCCCUAAAAAUCCUUAUUCGUCGCCCUAAUUAAAUUAAUUUUACUUUAAUGUCCUAGCUUUUUUUUUAAAUACUUGUUCAUUAUUUUAAACAUUUAAACCCAAAACAUUGUUAUGAAUUACCGAAAACAAAAAAAAAAAAAAAAAAAUUAUAACUGGAACCGGCCCAUUGCUGCUCCUUGCGUCACUGAUAAGUUCCUAGAAAGUAGAAACCACCAAUCACGUUACCCAGAUGGUAUGUUUAUUGAAAUGAGACCAUUAAAUCUCCAGAAGUGAAAAAAAUAUCAAUAAGCUUAUCACAUAUGACAAUUUCCCUAUCAAAUCCCACCUUCAAAACUCUCGCAUUAAGCUUCUGGCAAUCCGCUAACAUCCCAGAGGCCAGAAGUAAGACAAAAGUCCAGUUUAACAGCGACGACAACGGUAGCGUCCGGCUUGCUUCUUCCUCCUUUCUCCGACGGUCGAGUAGCAGCAGCGGGAAUAGAUGGCGGGAGCUGUGUAGGCGGAGCAGGGGUUCUGGGUUUAUGCGGCGAAUAUGAGUUGGGGGUGAGGGAAGGGAUUGUUUGGUGAGAGUUAGAAUUGAAAUUAGGUUAAGGGUAAAUAUGUAAAUCAAUUGCAUUUUAGGGCGAUAAAAUUUGAAUUUUAGGGCGACGAAUAGCGAUUCAGUUAAACAAUGAGGAGAUUAAUCAGAAGGAGAAUGGCAUCACGUGUGACGUGUCAAUUGGGUUUGGAAUCAGUUCCAAUUGUUCGUCCCCAAAAGUCUCCACCCACCACCGUUAGCUCGCUCCCUCUCUUAACGGCUAUUGAGAAUUUGAGAUUACGCAACAACACGAAUUUCAAUUAUAGCCGUUCGGAAGCUGCCACCAGAAAUUUGGCUCCUCCUCUGACGGUGGCUAUAUAAACCAACACGUACACUCCGUUUCUUUGCUGCAAAAGAAUUAUAAAUAGACACUUCUCCUUCUUCUUCUUCUUCUUGCAGCUGCUUACAGUCACACACUACCUACUUCAGUUCAACAGAGUCUUACUGUUGUGUGCGGCAGAGCAAUUAGUGAUCCAUUUCCAUGGCCCGCUUUCCUUUUCUCCUUGCAAUGUGCUUUGCUCUUUGUGCAAGUUUCGUCAUAGGAAAUGACCAGGCGGGAAGUAGUAGUUGUUGGUGUGUAGCAAAGCCAUCGUCGGACCAAGCAACGUUGUUGGCAAACUUAAAUUAUGCGUGUUCUAAGGUUGACUGUCAGAUUCUGCAAAAGGGGUGUCCCUGUUUCUACCCCGAAACCCUCAUCAAUCGCGCCUCCGUCGCCAUGAAUCUUUACUACCAAUCUCGAGGAAGAAAUGCAUGGAGCUGUGAUUUCAGAGGCUCUGGUCUUGUUGUUCUGACUAAUCCAAGUUAUGGCAAUUGCAUUUACGCUUGAAGACGGUAGCCAACAAAUCAGGAACUUGAUGGGUGUCCUAUAAUCAAACAUGAUGAUUGUUAUCUUAUAAUUGUUUUUAGUUGCUUGUUGUCUAUCAAUGUAAUUGAUACAAGUUACUCUUCCUCUCAAAUGCAGACCAACUGUCAAGUCAAUAAUGUAUUAAUCAUCCUUUGGAUUUGAUCAUGACAUACUGAUGGAUAAUAGUUGAUUAGAAAAUGAACCAAGAAGGGAUUAAUGUAGCAUUGAUGGACGAUCGUUGAAUGAGAGCGAAAUUGAAAGUGUUAGAGAACAAAAUUAAAAGGAAAUUGAAUAUGAGUUGGGAAAGAACUCAAAUAAAAUGGAGAGAAUUUGAAAAGAUUCGAUAAAUAAUUAAAAGGAAAUUGAAUAUGAGUUGGGAAAGAACUCAAAUAAAAUGGAGAGAAUUUGAAAAGAUUCGAUAAAUAAUUAAAAGAAUAUCUUACAAUUUCAUUAUCCAAUAAUACCGACAAAAUUGACAAUGUUUAUAGAUGAACACAUAGAAUAAUCCUAAAACAAUGGUCUUCCACCUUACAUGCAACAAAUGUGUUCAAACUACAAGCAUAAACAAAAUGUGGCAAAUAGGGCCAUUGCCAAAAAAAAAAAUGAACUAAAUUUGGAAUU